GGUCACUGGUUUUAGUAAAAUAAUGCUUCAAAACGGAAAGGAUGUCGUCUUCACAAGUCAUGGACCCGUUUGGGCCAGUCUUAGACGGGUUGCCCACUCAGCGGUCAGAAAACUAGCCGUAAGUGAGAAGUUGUCGGAUUUGGUGGACGAUGUGGUCAAUGAAACCGUUGAGACAAUCAUUAGUAAUGAAGGCAUCGGUAAACCAUUUAAUCCCAAGACCUAUAUCUAUAUGUCUGUAAUAAACAUAAUCGCGUCGUCAGCUUUUGGCAAACGAUACUCUUUUGAAGACAAAGAACUCAAGUUUUAUGAGGAAAGCUUUGAGCACUUCAGAGCCAACUCUAGUAAAUUAGCCCUAACUGACCGAGUUCCUAUACUCAAACCAUUUUAUGCUAAUGUGGUCAACAAAACCAUACAAACAGUGAAAGGACUGUCGAUGAGUGUGAAACAGAAAUAUUUGGAUCGACUGAAAGUGCAUUCUUCGGGAGUAAUCCAUGACUUCUGCGAUGCGCUCAUUGAAGCCAAAGAGGAGGCCAUCGCUGACGAGAAAGAGAGCGCUUCCGCCUUAACUGAUGUCAACCUUUCACUGCCGGUGUCGACACAACAC